CAAGUGUUUAUGUGUAUCAUCAUCAUCAUCAUUUUUUCUUAUUCGUAUUUCUCCUUCUGUUUUUUUUUUUUUUUUUUUUUUUUCAACGCUUCAUCAUUGCAUGCACCUUAUAAUGGAAACCUAAAGGUCGUCUUCACUCUUCUCUAACACGUGGUUAAAUCCUAUAUCAACACUCAAAAAACACAUAUCACUCUUUUUGAAUGGCUUGUUCUUGUUUAAGCGAAGACACUUGGUUUACUCUUCCUCAAAUGAGAAGCACCACCUUACAGGUUCAAGAAGAUCAAGAAAACUCAGAAAAUUCAAGACCCAAUUCAGCCAUGGGGGAAUACCGCUUGGAAAAAGUGUUUCCAGUUUAUGCUGUUGGUGUAUCGGAGCCUGACCCGAACUUGAUAAUAUCUGUUGCUAACACGGCUUCUACUGUAGGUGAUCCUAUUUGGGAUGCAGUUAAGCUUGAAGCAAAGUUGGAGGCAGAGAAGGAGCCAAUAUUGAGCAGCUUCUUGUAUGCGAGUAUCUUAACACAUGAUUGUUUGGAGCGGGCAUUGAGUUUUGUUCUUUCCAAUCGGUUGCAAAAUGCUACACUUUUGGCAACUCAAUUAAUGGACAUAUUUUGUGAUGUAUUAAUGCACAAUCGAUGCAUCCAAUGUUCUAUUCGACUUGAUUUACAGGCAUGUAAAGAUAGAGAUCCUUCAUGUUUGUCAUAUUGUUCUGCUCUUUUGUACCUUAAGGGCUAUCAUUCUUUACAAACACAUAGAGUUGCACAUGCGCUAUGGAAUCAAGGGCGCAAAGUCUUGGCACUGGCGUUACAAAGUCGAGUUAGUGAGGUCUUUGGAGUUGAUAUACAUCCAGCUGCCAAAAUUGGAGAGGGAAUUCUUCUGGAUCAUGCGACUGGUGUUGUAAUCGGUGAAACCGCCGUCAUAGGGAAUAGAGUUUCACUUAUGCAGGGUGUAACUUUAGGAGGUACUGGAAAAGAAAUUGGUGAUAGGCAUCCCAACAUAGGUCAAGGUGCACUUAUUGGAGCUAGUGCAACUAUACUUGGAAAUAUAAAAAUAGGGGAAGGUGCAAUGGUUGGUGCUGGUUCCCUUGUAAUGAAGGAUGUUCCUCCCCACAGCAUGGUGACAGGAAUACCGGCAAAGGUGAUUGGUUAUGUCGAUGAUCAAGAUCCAUCUUUAACUAUGAAGCAUGAUGCCAGCAAGGAAUUUUUUAAACAAGUAUCCAUUAGAUGCAAAGAAGCAAGAUCCAACGGAGCGGUUGCUUAAAAGAUGAUAGCUCAACAUGAGAGAUUAAUGAAGACACAUCUUCAUUUGACAUAAAUUUACCCCAAUUCACUUCAAUGGGUGAAAAUGAUUUUUGUAUUUUCACCAUCUUUGAUAUAGGAUUUCUGAAAAUAGAAAAAUAAAAGCUCCUUUAAAGAUUGAUAAUCAUUCAAUCGACAUGUACUGCCAUGUAAUCUGUGCCCAGAUGAAUUAUGUACUUCUUUUUUCUGGAGAUAAUCACUUACUUGUAUAUUAGACUCAUCAUGUUGCAACACUGUUUGCACUAGCAUGAGAUCCUUUGAAAAUAUUUGGACAGAUUGUUGUUUAAUGUUGAGGAGACAUAUUUUACCGACAGCCAA